GUCAUCUAGUGUAAUUAUAGAGAACCGGAUUGAUCGAUUACCUUUUUUUAUGAGCAAAGUUUGAUUGAAAGAAGCUGGAUAGCACAGCAGAAUGGAACUUUGUUCUCCCUCUACAAGACUUUAUCAAGCAAGAGCACAAUCCAAGGAGCACAUUAGGUUGACAGCUACGCUUGGUCUUUCUGUGUGCGUGGAGUGCCUAUGGCGGAGUUUGGAGAGAACGACGGCUCAUCUCCAUCGAAUACUGGGGAUUCGGUGGCUUUGCCCUGUGAUCAAACAGACGGGAAGACGCAGUGCGAAGUAUCCGUCUUCAAUGGGGACUGUGGGAUACCGGCAAACAUGGUUGGAUCAGAAACGUUACCUGACAGCCCAGGGCUUGAAACAGCCAACAACUCCUCUGUCGGAUUGGAUUCCAAAUCUGGAAUACCACGCAGGAGCAGCAUUAUAAAGGAUGGCUCGAGGCUGCGCAAAGAGAGGAAGAAGACGGUAUCGUUCAGCAGCAUGCCCACUGAGAAGAAGAUCAGCAGUGCGAGCGACUGCAUCAACGCCAUGGUGGACGGCUCUGAACUGAAGAAGGUCCGCUCCAACUCCCGCGUGUACCACCGCUACUUCCUCCUGGACGCCGACAUGCAGUCUCUAAGGUGGGAACCCUCCAAAAAAGAGUCAGAGAAAGCCAAAAUUGAUGUCAAGUUCAUCAAAGAGGUGCGGACAGGGAAAAACACCGAAACGUUUAGGACCAACGGAAUAUAUGAUCAGAUAUCAGAGGACUGUGCCUUCUCCAUCAUCUAUGGGGAGAACUAUGAGUCUUUGGACUUGGUUGCAAACUCUGCCGAUAUGGCCAACAUAUGGGUGACCGGGCUUAGAUACCUGAUAUCCUAUGGGAAACACACACUGAAUAUGAUUGAGAGCAACCAGAACAACAUGCGCUCCUCCUGGCUUGGGGACCUCUUUGAGGAGGCUGAUGCCAACAACAGCAAGCACAUCAGUCUAUGUGCUGCCGUGCAGCUAAUUAAAAACCUAAACCCUGGACUCAAAAACAUUAAGAUUGAACUCAAGUUCAAGGAGUUUCACAAAUCUAAAGAUAAGGUGGGAUGUGGUGUGACUAAGGAGGAGUUCAUUGAAGUCUUUCAUGACCUUUGCACAAGACCAGAAAUGUAUUUCCUUCUUGUCCAGUUCUCGAGCAACAAGGAAUUUCUAGAUACCAAGGACUUAACUAUGUUUCUGGAGGCUGAGCAGGGUAUGGCACAAGUAAGUGAAGACACCAGUCUGGAGGUCAUUCAGAGUUAUGAACCUUCCAAAGAGGGGCAACUCAAGGGCUGGCUCUCCCUUGAUGGGUUUACCAAUUAUCUCAUGUCGCCAGAGUGCCACAUAUUUGACCCGGAACAAAAAACAGUGUGUCAGGACAUGAACCAGCCCUUGUCCCACUAUUACAUCAACGCUUCCCACAACACAUACCUGAUCGAGGAUCAGUUUAGAGGCCCCUCUGACAUUACAGGGUACAUCCGUGCCCUCAAGAUGGGCUGUCGAAGUGUAGAACUAGAUGUCUGGGAUGGACCAGAUAAUGAGCCUGUCAUUUACACUGGCCACACAAUGACCUCGCAGAUAGUCUUCUGCAGUGUCUGUGACGUCAUCAACAAAUAUGCCUUUGUUGCAUCUGACUUUCCCCUGAUAUUGUGUCUGGAGAACCACUGCUCCUUAAAACAGCAGAGGGUCAUGUUUCAGCAAUUGAAAAAGAUUCUUGGUGACAAGAUUUACAUGAUUCCACCUUCACCUGAAGACAGCUACCUGCCCUCACCCUUUGACCUCAAGUGUAAGAUCCUGCUGAAGGGGAAGAAGCUGGGCACAACCUGCAUUAGCUCGGAGGGUGAAGUGACUGAUGAGGAUGAGGGGGCUGAGAUGUCACAAAGAAUGAACAUUGAAGCCGACGAACAGCAGAGCAUCCCACUGAAAAAGUUCCAGCUGUCCAAGGACCUCUCUGACCUGGUAACGUUGUGUAAAUCGAUUGCGUUCAAAGACUUCCCAACAGCUUUCCAAAGCCAGAAGCACUGGGAACUUUGCUCGUUCAAUGAGGUCUUUGCCAGUCGCUGUGCCAAUGACUUUCCAGGCGACUUUGUUAACUACAACAAGAAGUUAUUGGCGAGAGUCUACCCCAGCCCAAUGCGGAUCGACUCUAGUAACAUGAACCCUCAGGACUUCUGGAAGUGUGGUUGCCAGAUCGUGGCAAUGAACUACCAGACCCCCGGCCUGAUGAUGGACUUAAACAUUGGCUGGUUCCGUCAGAAUGGGAACUGUGGGUAUGUGCUGCGACCAGCCAUAAUGAGGGAGCAGGUGUCAUAUUUCAGUGCCAACACUAAAGACUCAGUACCUGGUGUGUCUCCUCAGCUCUUGCACAUAAAGAUCAUAAGUGGACAAAACUUCCCCAAACCCAAAGGCUCAGGCUCCAAAGGAGAUGUUGUUGACCCUUAUGUCUAUGUGGAGAUACAUGGCAUCCCUGCUGAUUGUGCAGAGCAAAGGACUAAAACUGUCAAUCAGAAUGGGGAGAACCCACUGUUUGAUGAAAGCUUUGAGUUUCAGAUAAACCUACCUGAGUUGGCCAUGGUGCGCUUCGUGGUGCUUGAUGAUGACUACAUUGGCGACGAGUUCAUCGGCCAGUACACAAUCCCCUUCGAGUGUCUCCAGCCGGGAUUCCGGCACAUACCGUUACAAUCGCUAACGGGGGAAGUCCUUCCCCACGCCUGGCUAUUCGUCCAUGUGGCCAUCACCAACCGAAGGGGCGGGGGCAAGCCUCACAAGAGGGGACUCUCUGUGCGUAAGGGCAAGAGAAGUCGGGAGUACGCCACCAUGAGAGUGCUGGUCAUCAAGGCUGUGGACGACAUCUUCAAGACAGCCAUACUGCCACUGAGGGAAGCCACCGACCUCAGAGAAAACAUGCAGAAUGCCAUAGUGCCCUUCAAGGAACUGUGUGGCCUCUCGGCAGUGGCCAACCUGAAGCAGUGCAUCCUGGCCCUGUCCUCCCGGCUGACUGGGGCUGACAACAACCCCCUCCUAGUGUUCAACCUCAAGGACCAGUACCCCACCAUGGAGCCCCAGGGCCUGCUACCAGAUGUCCUGAAGAAGGUGGUCACUGCCUAUGACAUGAUGAUCCAGACCAGCAAGACUCUGCUGGAGAACUCCGAGGGAGCCUACGACCGAAUACUACUAACCCAGAAAGCAGCGAUGGAGUUCCAUGAGAACCUCCAUGACAUGGCGGUGAAGGAGGGCCUGAAGGGCAGGAAGCUGGCCAAGGCUGUGGAGAGCUUCACCUGGAACAUAACCAUCCUCAAGGGCCAGGCGGACCUGCUGAAGCACGCAAAGAGUGAAGUCCAGGAGAACCUGAAGCAGAUCCACUACGCCGCCCUCACCUGUAAACUCAGUAAGGACGGGCCAUCAGGGAGCACGGCAGGCUCCGAGUCCAGGACCCGACCACGCAGCCUGGACGCCAUCCCCGAGAAAGCCACGGGGGAGGACGAGCUCUCUGAGGAGGACAACUGAAGGCUUACGCCCUAAACCCUUCAUACCUUCAAGCCCCUUGCCCUACCCUAGUGGCACUCAUACCCCCAAGCACCUUUCCCUACCCUAGUGGCACUCAUACCUCCAAGCACCUUUCCCUACCCUAGUGGCACUCAUACCCCCAAGCACCUUUCCCUACCCUAGUGGCACUCAUACCCCCAAGCACCUUUCCCUACCCUAGUGGCACUCAUACCCCCAAGCACCUUUCCCUACCCUAGUGGCACUCAUACCCCCAAGCACCUUUCCCUACCCUAGUGGCACUCAUACCCCCAAGCACCUUUCCCUACCCUAGUGGCACUCAUACCCCAAAGCACCUUUCCCUACCCUAGUGGAACUCAUACCCCCAAGCACCUUUCCCUACCCUAGUGGCACUCAUACCACCAAGCACCUUUCCCUACCCUAGUGGCACUCAUACCACCAAGCACCUUUCCCUACCCUAGUGGCACUCAUACCCCCAAGCACCUUGCCCUACCCUAGUGGAACUCAUACCCCCAAGCAUCUUGCCCUACCCUAGUGGCACUCAUACCUCCAAGCACCUUUCCCUACCCUAGUGGCACUCAUACCCCCAAGCACCUUGCCCUACCCUAGUGGAACUCAUACCCCCAAGCACCUUUCCCUACCCUAGUGGCAUACAUAAAUCUCCUUACCGCAGUCCCACACAAACCUGACUACAGUAUACCUGUUCUAGUGCCGUUGCCACACAACUAUUCUUAUUCCAGUGCCGUAUACAACCAUUCCAUUCCCACCCCAGUCCCACUCAAACCUCCCUUUGCUUAACCCGGUACCACACAAAAAGCCCUUAACCCUUCCUGCCCACCUCAACGUCCAACAGCAAGAUGUUGCGGGUCAACUAGGAGGGCCACGUGAACUUGCAGCCACGGGACAAUCUUAAAGCAGUGACCUACUGUAGAGACAGUGCACUUAUUUACAGGCAGACCCCAGGGUCUGACCUUAGGAGAGCCGCUCUGAACGGUUCAAGGAUUUCUUAAGCACAAUUUACGGGUUUCUGACCAACCAGAAACUAGAGCUGUGAAUGUAAUAGGAAACAGGAAGAGGAACAAUGGCGAGAAGAAAAGGGAGGAGAGCGCUGUUUACAAUAAUGAACUUGUUCAUAUUUUUGUCUGCCAAAAUAGUAUGUGUAUAUAUGGAGUUCUGUUACUUUUUUCCCAACGUGCUUCAUUUUAUUAUUGUAUUCUUGAGAAAUAAGAUUUAUUUUGUAAAGGAAAUGGCUCGUCCAUGAAAAAUAACUAUUUUAUUUGUCUGUGCAGAUGUGAAAUGGAGGUGUCCUUGACACUUUCCCACUGUUCCUUUGUCGAGACCGAGUGACGGAUAGAGACUUUAAACCUCAGUGUGUGGUCCAAAGGGUGGCAGUCGAGUCUCAAGCACAUCUAGCAACUGCUUUGGGAAGGAACCAUGGAGAGAGAAACGCAUUAGGCCUAUGUUUUGGUGUCAUUUCACCAUUCCAUGUGAGAGGGUUGAGUGGGAUGUACAAAGUAAUAAUAGCUUCUCAACCAGUCCUGGUAACAAACUAGCACCCUAUUCAUGAAUACGUUUUCAUGUACGACUGUGCCUCAUUGCUACAAAUCAGUCAACAAAGGGGAUGGAUGGUGAGGAAAGAGACGCUCUUCCUCACAUCCAUCUUAACCUGCUUUUCCCCACUAGUUGCUUCGAGUUUUGUAUUUGUCCCCCUGUUCAUUCUCUCUACAGUGCUGAAACAGUGUUGCUCCUAGUCAACUUUAGCCACCCACCACUACCUCUGGAUCUCACCACCAGUGUUUUAACUGGACCCACACUGGGACAAAAAGUCAUUCAUGAACUUCAGUGUCGUGACAGUUGUAUCUAUAACUGUUGUUAACCAUUUUUACAGAUGGUUGAACUGAAUACCGGUUUUGCUCUUAUCUGUUAAUUCCCAAAACCUUCAGAAUAAAGUAUGUCAAAUCGUU